AUGCCUCUACAGCCGCCUUCUUCUUCUGCGGUAUCAGGACCGAGGAUGCUCGUCCUCUUCCUCCUGAUGCUUCCAUUGCCCAGCCUGGUCGUGACAUCAUCACCCCGUGCAAUGGCGCUGUGGCGCCGUGGCAACAGAGUUUCCUCCAUCAGCGCCUGCCAGCAGACGGCGGCGGCGUUCAGGGGACUGACAGUUCGCUGCAGUGGACUCAGACUGACUCAGGUACCGGGUGACCUGUCCAAUCACACCACUCGGCUGUUUCUGAAUAAAAACCUCAUCAGCUUCUUGCCGGCGUACAUCUUCUCUGAUCUGAUUCUGCUCGAUGAGCUUGACCUGUCACACAACCAGCUGUCUUUACUGGAAGCUGGUUGUUUCUUCGGGUUGGCGCCGUCUCUCCGGUUCCUGGACCUGUCGUUCAAUCAGCUCACCACCCUAGACCCAGAGGUCCUUGGUGGUCUUCAGGUCCAGGCCAACCUGACCCAGAACCCCUGGCACUGUGACUGCAGGAUGCAGAUGUCCAUACCUCAGCUGGUCUUGGACGAGUCCUCUCUAGAUAAAGUCAUCUGUUUGACCUCUGACCUCCCGAACCUCGGAGCUGUUGGGCUUCCUCUGGUCCUGCUGGUGGAGGACUGGGAUCUGUGUCAGUCAGUGAGGAGAACCAGCGAAAUGCUGACCAUGGUCACCAUGUUCAUCUGGUUCUCCAGCCUCAUCUCCUACUUAUUCUACUACAUUCGACAGAACCAGGCAGUCGCCCGACGACACUUGGAGUACCUCAAGUUCCUGGAGAGCCGGGACCCGUUUAGACCCAAAUAAGGGUCUGCUUAAGGACCUCUUGCUGUUCUGUAACUCCAUUUUAGAACAUCUUUCUAAUGGUUUUACCACAUAUCUCCACAACUUGAUUCAUAUUCCAAGAAGUUUUCCACCCCGGUGUUCUAAUAUAAGGCUCCGACAACCCUGAAGAGAAUCUGAAGAUGGGACCUCACCAAGUUCGGUGAAAAAGCUCUGAUGUUUCAUUUGAGAGUUACGAAGUUCCUCGUUGACACACAGAACUUCAAGAUGAGCUCCUCACGGAUGCUCUAGGAACAUAAAAAGCUGAGAAACCCUCCAAGGGGUUUUUGGAUCAGGACAAAGAUUUAGAGAACCAUAUCAGUGACUCAUUAAUGUCUUCAGGAAUUCCAGAAGGAGGAACCAUUUAUCUCCAGAAAUUCACCCAGUAAUACUGGAAACUCCUUCAAGACCCAAAGAACUUUUUCAAAACCCAAUAAACUGUUUGAAUGAAGUGAUCCGCUCUCAAACCACCAGA